ACUUGAUCUACAACCCAUUUCCGCUCAGCGCUAUGAAACCCUCAACCAUCAGCAGCAUCCUCACCCUCGCGGUUACCACCUUCGCCACCGCGAUCCCCGCGCCCGCCGCCCACAGCGACAUCACCCUCCGCGACACUCCCGACAUCACUUACACCAUCCCCAGCACCGAGCUCUCCGCCCUCAGCACUCAGCUCAUCGGCGUCUCCGGCACCCUACAACUUAACUUCGUCAACGGCAAUACCAUCAAAUCCUGGUACAGCGUCACGGACACCAAGGGCGACAGCCACUCCGUUUACAUGACUACUGUCGUCUACGACGGCAAGGACGACGUGCUGAGAUGCAACAAUAAGCUGGGGCACGACCAUACGCAGGUCUGUGGUUGGAGGGAGUAUCAUCGAAACAAGAGGAUCUCGUAUAUUGCGCCGAAGUGGUGUGUGAAUAUCCAGGGUGGGCCGGAUAAGUGCGUUACAGGGCCGAAGUUUCAAAACCCGCGCCUGUAGGGGUGGAUGUCUGCCCAGAAGGCUGCAUUCUCCGUCAUUCUUUGGAUGCCUGCAGGAUUUAAGAACAGGCGGGGCUUAGCAGGUAGGUGUUUGGGGCUGUCGUCCCUCGUUUGGCAUGUUCCCAGUGAAGGUGUUUGAGUUCGUGUGAAUAUUGAUGGAUCCGGU